AUGGAGGCUGUAUGCCCUACCCACCUCUUGAGCUCCAAUUCUAUCCGAUCGGCUACGAAUGCGGGCUGGACCCGAUGCGCAGAGCAGUACAAUGCGAGUGAUGCGACAUGCGGAAGCAUGCUGUGGAACGAGACGGACGCUCGGCUGCCGACAAGUGAAGGAAUGCUUGCGGACAGACGAAAAUCGAAGACGUCAAGCAUGUCGCCGUUUCCUUCUACAUCGCCUCGACUACCCUACUUCAAAGCUAUGGCUUUGAUUACCGAAUUGAUUCUGCAAUGCGCCGAGCCCGCUGCUUACGGCGCACCGCCCCCGUCCUAUGAUGAGGCGGUCAAUGAUCUUCCGCCCGACUACUCUGUUGCCCCGGCCCUGGCCAAGGCGAAAAUCUCGCUCCAUGAUUCAGCUCCGUCAAAAUCGGCGCCCAAAGUCCACCAAGACCAGCCAAAUUCCCUUGAGAAAAGUUCGCCCGACGUCUUAAUCGACUUCGAAAGCACGUCUGGGAUCCGGCAGCACGCGGGCAAAAAGAAGAAGAACGCCGCCAAAAAAGCUGCUGCUCAAGACAAAUCGGCUAAUGAUGACGACGGCGAAAAGAAGGGGACUGAGGAAGGUCAAAAUGGUGACGGUGGUGCCGGCGACGGCGGGGCUGAUGGGGGAAAUGGAGGAGGAGACGGUGCAGGGGACGGAGGGGGUGAUGGUGGCGGCGAUGACUGGGACGAUUGGCCCACGGGCGGCAAUAAGAAAAAGAACAAGAAGAAGAAAAAGAAGGAGGAAGAAGAGGAGGAGAAGAGGAGACAGGAGGAGGAGGAGGAGGAGGAGAGAAAACAAAAGGAAGAGGAGGAAAAGAAAGCUGCGGAGGAAGCGGCGGCGGCAGCGGCGGCGGCCACCACAAACAACAACCUUAGUUGGGCCGACGAAGUGAAUGACGCAAAUCCGGAUGAUGAAUGGGCUGGAUUUACGACAGCAGGCAAGAAGAAGAAAAACAAGAAAGGAAAGGCCGACCCGACCCCGGCUCCCGCAGCAGACCCGCCCGCAAACACCUUCCAGGAGAUCAACCUCAAUGAUGGUGGUGGUGGUGGUGGCGGUGCUACUCAGCUUGACUUGAGCUUUGAUGCCCCAGCCACAAAGACCGCAGGGACCGGAUUUAGCUUUGGCGGGUGGGGAAAGGAUUGGAAUACUGGAAGCAAAUGGGGCUUCGACUCUCUGGAUGCAAAUAAUCACGCCACAAAGAACGCAGAAGAUGAGAACAAGGAUGACAACCCGUGGUCUUGGGGCACCGGAAAGAAGAACAAGAAGAACCUGACGAAUGGAUUCGAUUUUGGGAACUUUGCAAACUCUGCCCCUGCGGAUGCUGGCCCUGGUAACAAUAACGCGGCCGCUGAGGAGAAAGAGGAAGAUGAUCCCUGGGCCGGAUUCGCUUCCGUCGGCAAAAAGGAUAAAAAGAAGAAGAAGGGAGCCGUCGAGGAACCCCCCAAAGAGCCGGAACCUGCACCUGCCGCGCAAGAGCCAGAACCAGUCGAUGACUGGGGCAUCUGGGGAAAAAAGGACAAGAAAAAGAAGGGACAAGCAGAUGCUGAGCCUGCUCCGGCGCCAGUUCCGCCUUCCCAACCCGACCCCGCGGAUGAUAUCUGGGCCGCGUUCAACAAAAAAGACAAGAAGAAGAAGGGCGCGGCGGUAGAGGAGCCUCCUCCACCAGAUCCGCCCAAAGAACCCGAUCCUCCGCCCGCUGAUCCUGAGCCGAAGCCUGCGGAGGAUGAUGUCUGGGCCGGGUUCUCGACCAAAAAGGAUAAGAAGAAGAAAGGCAAAAAGGGCGCUGAGGAACCUCCAGCGGCGGAGGAACCGCCAGCCCAGCCUGAGCCAGAGCCUGCUCCUGCUCCUGAGCCUGAACCUGAGCCUGAGCCUGCCCCGGCUCCGGCUCCUGCUGCAGAGCCCGAGCCCGUCAUCGACAAUGUCUGGGCUGUGCCAAUGUCCAAGAAAGACAAGAAAAAGGCAAAGAAGGGUCUCUUAAAGACGGAACCGGAACCUGCGCCCGCACCUGAGCCGGAGAAGCCCAAGACUGAUGACACUUGGGCUGCAUUCGAGACGAAAGACACAAAAGAUGCUGAGAAAGAUGCGGCUGCCGAUGAUGACGGAUGGGGCUGGGCCACCUCCAAGAAGAAAGACAAAAAGGCUACGAAAGGAUCUCUCCUGGAUGAGCCGACUCCUGCACCACCACCUCCGGAGCCAGAGCCGGAGCCUCCAGCACCCGUCGAGACCAAGGCAGAAGACACGGGCGGCCUUUGGGGCGUAUCGAAGAAAGACAAGAAAAAGAAGAAGGGCUCCGCGGUUGCGCCUGUUGUCGAAGAACCUCCACAACCUCCUCCGGAACCGCAGCCUGAGCCUGAGCCUGAGCCCAAGCAAGAGCCAGAACCUCAACCUGGACCUGAGCCUGUGGUGGAGGAGCCCAAGGAUGACUUCUGGGCUGGUUGGGAGAACCUGUCAGCCAAGGAGCGCAAGAAAAGGAAAGGAGGCAAAAAGAAAGGCAUACCUCCCCGUGGCUCAGUCCCCGCCCCAGUUCCUGUAAUCGAGCCUGUGGUUGAGGAUGAACCCCCUCCGCCAGCUCCCACUCCCCCGGCUCAAGGUCUGACGCCGGAGCCCGAGCCGGUAGAGGACGAUACAUGGGCUGGAUUCACUACGAAGGGCUCCAAAACAACCAAGAAGGCGUCUGUGUCUAAGUCGUCCAAAACCGAAGAUAGUAAAUUGUCCAAGACGACGAGCAAAGACAAAGACCAGGCUCCGGCUGACGCAGUUGAAGCUCCGAAGGAUGAGCCUGUGGUUGAGGAGACUCCAGCCAAGACGGUCAGAGGAUUCUGGGCUAGCUUCGGCACUACCAAGACAACCUCCAAGACUACAGCUGCUAAAGACGAGAAACCCAAAGAGGCUGCGCCAGUUGUCGAGGACAUGCUUAUUGACGUGGGCGCCUCCGCGGAAGCGCCAGCCGCGACGCCUGUGGCUGAAACAGCCGCCGCAGCCGCGCCCCCGCCGAAAGCCACGUCGAAGACAACGAAGCCGGCCACCAAGCUGUCUGUUGCAGAGCGCAUAAAGCUGCUCGAAGAGAAGAAAAAGGAGAGAGAAAAGGAGAAGCUGAGAGAGAAAGAGAAAGAAAAAGAAAAAGAAAAAGAAAAAGAGGAGAAACCCGAAGAGCCUCCUGCCGACCCCGUCCCGCCGCCACCGCCCCCGGCGCCCGAGCCACCAGCUGAGCCUGUGAAAGAGGAUCCUCCAGCACCCAAAAAGACAACCAGUGCAUCCAAGUCGAAGCUAACUAAGACUUCGACCAAGAAAGAGGGUGCCAAGAAAGAGGUCGCUAAAGAUCCAGAGCCAGAGCCUCAACCUGAACCUCAACCUGAACCUGAACCUGAGCCGGUCCAGGAGAAGGUCUCUCAGGACUCCAUCCCUGGGAGCUUCCCGGAGCCGGUCGAAGAGGAGGAGGAAGCUGCUGCUGCUGCUCCGCCGCCUCCUCCUCCUGCCGAGCCAGCUCCCCCUGCCACGAAGCCAUCCAAGACUAUGAAGAAGAGUUCCUCUUCGAAGAAGAACUCUGCGACCAAGAAUCCCCCUCCCGCGCCUGAGCCGCCACCUGCCGUACCGGAACCUCCCCCCGCGGUACCGGAACCACCGCCAGCCGUACCAGAACCACCCGCUGCCGCACCGGAAGAAGUCGAAGCAGAGGCUGGCGCUCCUCCGACUCCACCGCCAGAGCCUUCCGCCCCGAAAUCAGUCAAGAAGGAGCGCGCAAAGGUUGAACGCACGGCAGGUGCUUCGUCGUGGGGCUUCUGGGGCGCCACACCACCCAAGAAAUCUGUCAAGAAGGCGACUAAAUCUAAGGAAGAGAGCGACGCCCCUCAGGAGGAGAGCUCUCGUGCGGAAUUGUCGAGGUCUAAAUCGGCAGCAACGAGACGUCCGAAACAUCGAGAGUCUGAGAACGAGGGUGAGAAAUCAUCAUCGGAUAAGGAAAAGCAAACGGAAGGUAAAUCGUCACGACACAGUCGUGGCAUGAGCUUCUCGAACUUCAUCCUUGGUGCACCACCUCCUGCCAGAACCAAGUCGGUCCGAAAAUCUGGGGUUUCUUCCUCGCGGCCAGGCUCGAGACGUCAAUCCGUUGAUAUUGACGACUCCGGACUUAUCUCACCGCCGCCGGAUGACAAGCCCGAGGUAGCUGACAAGGCGGCCAAGCUGAUGGGCAUCGCGGCUUCGAAACCUAAGAGGGAAAGCUCCAGGGCUAGAAGGAGACGUUCCAGUAUGACGGUAGAACUGAAAGAAGUUGGAAUUGUUUAUGCUAACAAGGCUCCUAUAGGUGCUCCUGAUCCGUAUGCACUUGACGAUGAAGAGUCCCCUCCAGAUGCGGAGGUUGUUUCAGGUCCGGACGACCCAGCUUUCGUCGUUGAAGCACCUCGUCGGGAGCGUCGAUCGAGGAAAUCAAAGGAGCCACCGAAGAAGUCAGAAGGUGGUGGUUUGAUGAGUUUGUUUGGCUCUUUGCGGAAACAGACUCGACCGGAAGUUCCAGAGCGUUCAGAGCGUCUAGAGCGUCGCAGAUCUCGCUCCCAUCGUGACGAGUUGACCGAGGCAGAAAGGGAGGAGAGACGUGCAAGACGUGAAGAGAGAAGACGGCGGUCACACAGAGCGGAGACAGAUGCUGAGGGCUUCACUACCGAUGCUGGUCCUGUUGGGGGAGCCUCCACUGAAGCAGAGGAGGCCGAAGCUCGCAGAGCAGAACGCAGGGCGCGUCGGCGUGCUGCCGAAGAGAGGGCUCGUGAGGCUGCUGAACUCCGAGAUACCGAAGAAAGACGGGCUAGGAGAGAAAGGACUCGCGAGAAGCGGAGUCGAGAAGACGAAGAAAGAGAAGAGCGGCGACGCGCAGAGAAGAGAGCGCGUCGGGCUGCGCGAGAGGAGCGACGUGCCAGGGUAGAGCAGGAGGCCAGGGAGGCCGGGGAGGCCGAGGCUCGAGCUGCCGAGCGGCGCGAAAGACGACGGACCAGAGAGGCGGAAGAAAUGAAUGGUGUUUCCAGGCAUGCUUCUAGAUCAGAACGGCGCCGUUCGCACCAUGCAAAGAGUUCCGAAAGGCGUUCUGAUGAGGACUACGCUGCAGAACGAAGGCAUCGUCGUUCUCACCGUUCCGGAGAGGAGCGUCGGUCCUCUCGCCGGAAGUCAGUCGCCCCGGAGGUGGCAGAAGUACCUUCACUCUAUGCAAAUGGUGAAAAAGACAAAACUUCUUCGUGGAUCAACUCACAAAUAACUGAUCCUCCUGAAGCGCCACCGAUUGUGCCAACUGUAGUUGACAUUCCAGGGGGUCCGGAAGCUGCAAAUUCGCACUCUUUGUCUUCGGAUGAGGAAGCGAGACGCAGAAUGCGUCGUCUGGCGCGAAGGCGGGCGAAAUAUCCUGGCCUCACUGACGAAGAAAUAGCGGAGCUCCGUGCUAGGCGUCGCGAGGCUCGCAGGGCUGAGCGUGAUGGGGUCAAGAGCAGCUCGGGCAGUGGCGAUUACGAACGAGACCGCAGCAGCAGAACUCGCGGAGAUCUGUACGCGUCCCGCCCAACCAGCUCAAAGAAAACGAGCUGGUUCAAAAAGCUGACCAAUCUACAAGCAAUCAUUGAUUGA